AUGAACAUUUCGGAUCGUCCUUUUAUGGGCGAGGCGGCCAUAAAAGGGUCGUUAUUAUUGCUCAUCUCAAUUUGUUGUAAAUUGUAGGUUUUUCCAGAAUCUCAAAGGUACGGUAAGACCCGAAGAAGACCAUUUCAGCAAAAAAUGUGACUGAGACAACUUUCUAUCCAAUGAAAGGCUAAAGGACUUUUGAAUAAGUUUUAAAAAAAUUUCAUUUUGUUAAGUCCUUGAUGAAAUUUGACCAGAAGUUUCUAAUUUUAAAUUUCGCAUUAUUUUUUUCAUAAAAAAAUGAUUAAAGAUUUCGUAAAAAUUUCAGUAGCUGCAGAUUGAGCUUUACGAAGUAGGGAAAAACUGAAUUAGAGCUUUUUCAGCUGAUCACUGAGUAAGAAGCUUACAAACUGAAAAAAAAACCUUUAAAAAGACGUCUCCGACAUUUUCAUGAUUAAAUCCAACACACAUUAAGUUCGUUUAUUCGAUGAAUUUUUUUAAACCAAAACACUCAAAAAUAAAAAAAAACGGCUUGAAAAAGUCCUUACUUCUAUGAACUUAUAUCAACACAAUGUGGGAUACAAAGAGAAAAAUCAAAAUAAUAGAAAAAGUCCAAAAGAUAUCUUCAGAAAGGCCUGGAAAGUUUGAGCUUCUUCCUCCCAGUCCUGAGCAUUUAUACCUGAAAAUGCACUGAUUUGAGUGACUCAUUCUGGGAGGCGCAUCAGUGAUAAAUCUCGUAAGUGGACAAUGAUUCACGCGUUACUGCAGUGGAGAGUCAAAAAUCUCUGCUCCGGGAGGCCAACAAAUCACUAAAUCCAUUAGACUGUGUCAGGUGGAUGUGCGGCCUCAGGUCGGGGAAGUCCGACUUUUCUGUUUUUUCAGAGCUUGAUAAUCAAAAGAAUCAGAUUCGCUUAGUAUAACCUGCUUUUUCUUUGUAAACUUUCUCGAAAUAUUGGAUUGCCUACUUUUGAAAAUAGUUUCUACCAUUAUCUUGCUGAUUUACGAAUGAAAUAAGACAUUUUCACUUUUUUUUAGCAUCUGAGAGAUAACGAAUAAUCCGAAAUAAAUAUAGAUUUUUUUACUUUCUUUAUUUUUUUCAAAUCAAGAAUGAAUCGUUUCAAAUCGGUUUAUGGACAAAAAAAUUUUUUUGCGAAAAACCGGAUUUUGGAAAAUUUCAUACUUACAGGGCAUUUUCUGAAACUUCCUGAAUUUUUUUGUUCCUUGUAAUUUUCGAGAAGUUUGAAAAAAAGACUCUUUUUUUAGCAAUAUUUGGAAUCUGCUCAAUUUUUUUCAAUCAUUAGAAGAUAAAAAAAUGCGAAAAUUGAAGUUGAAUGCGAAAUUAGAAGUAAAAAUGCGAAAAGCGCAUCGAGGGUCAAGAACCCAAGAACAGAUGUCUACCGGAAAGCAUUCCAACCAGAAAAAUGAUCGCAAACGAGCUUUUCCGCAAUCUCGAGCCUCCCUUUUUCACUGCCCACCUGUUCCUUUCUUCGACUUUUUUUUUCAGAUUUAUUAGCAUCGGAAAACCAAAACGAGAUUUAUUCGUAUUUUAUGAAGCCGAAUCUGCUUCGAACUGCCGGAAUCUUUGCCAAUUGCCAAAAAAACAUCUCAAGACUACAUUAAAAUUAGUAAGAACAAACAAAAAAACAGUUUGAUAAGGAGAAAAAAACACCGCGUUUGAAAAACUUUUUAAUAACGAUGGCAAGGUUUUGGAACGAAAAAAAUUUUUUUCCAAAAAUACAACAAAAAAAGAAAUAAUUUAUUAUACGAAAGAUGCUAAUUCGAAAAAAGAUUAUUUUUUUCAAAAAGUCUAUAAAUUGAAAUAUACUCGCAUUUCAGUGCUCAGUUUGCUGCAAAUUCUCGAUUUUUAGCAAGAAAUACACACUUCCAAUCAUUUUCGAAGCUUUUCCCACAAAUCAGUCCUAGUUCAUACUUUAGCAAAACUCUCCGUUUCAGCGAAAGCUGAAAAUCGCACUUUAUUUUCAGACUAAUCUCUUCGAUUUUUAUCGUUUCCAUCGUUGUUCGCCGUUUUGCAGUCGUUACUCCAUGUUUUCUAUGAGUAGACUGUAGAUUGGAUAGUAUUAGAAAGCUUUCUCAGUAAUUUUAAGAUGUGAUCGAUUUCAUUACAAGACGAUUAUAAUAAUUUUUCAGGACAACCAGAGGGGAAGAUCGCUGUAUCCAAGCAUCGCGGCUGGAGCUCUGGAAAAUCUCGGUGGAUUCGCCCAAAUGAAGAGCGACGAUUCAAGUGAGACCGUCUUAUCCAACUGAGAUGAAAAUUUCAUUUUUAGGAGGCUCCUCUGCGAAAGCUCCGUGAGGAUGAACAAAUUUACUAUAACAAAUAUCAACGGCUCCUGCUUCGAAAUUGCAUAACGCGGAUAUCAACGACGAUACGUUUGACGAAGUAAGUUUUUAAAAGUCGGAAGUAUAACGCGAAGAAGAAAUGUCAAAUUUUUCAUCAAUCUCCUUCUUUUCAGGAAAGGUCAGAGAAUGGACGAUCAACGACAGGCUCUACCACGAGAUGUCGCAGAGCAGGUACUGCAACCCUAAAACGUAAGGAUUUUUAACAUUGUUCCGAUUUUAACAAGCUUCUAGGGCUAUUGAAGAAACUUUUGCAAGAUGGGUUUCUAAGGGGCGCACCGAAGUUCGGCAAAGAAACUCCAACGGAGUCUGAAAACGUAAGAACUGAGAAAAAUAAUCGUAUAAUUAUUAUAAUCUGCUUCAGGUUUUGAGCUUCUGGGAUUUUGAGGAAACUUUUGCAAAGAAAGGUUUCUGGAAGGCGCACCGAAAUUUCGCGAAGAAAGUCCAACGGCGUCUGAAAAACGUAAGAACUGGGAACAAUAUUCGUAUAAUUAUUAUAAUCUGGUUCAGGUUUUGAGCUUGUGGGAUUUUGAGGAAAUCUUUGCGAGAAAGAACCCAAGGAGCAUCGAAAAUCCGAACCGUUCAGUAAGUUUUCGAAUAGUUUUCUCAGUUUUAAAAUAAUUUUCAGGUUGAUCGGGAAAUUCUCUUGAUUCAAAUAUGGAAAGAUGUCAACAUCGGUGACGAGGGGCCCUGGUUGGUUGCUUUGAAGUCUCAGGCGAGACCCUUCGACUAUCGUGAGUUUUUAUUUAUACUGAAAUUCUGACAUUUUUAAUUUAGACUUCAGAUGAAUCACGCGGAUUUUAAUGACGACACGUUUAACAAAGUAAGUUUUCGAAAGUAGGAGUUUUGAAUUAGAGUUUUUUUUUUCAAAUUUACGGGCACCUCUUUCCUUUUUCGAGGUUUUUUAAUUUUGAAUUCCAUGACGACGAUCUAAAAUUUAAGAAUAAAAAGCGUUCGAAAUUUUCAUUCUCCUAGCAUCGAAACCAUAAGACGGCAGAUCAUCUCAAUACGUGCUAAACUUCUUUCAGUGAAUACUAAAUUUUGCGGGAAAAUCAUCGCUUUGAACCUAAAACUGGAUCAAGAAAAGGUUGAAGUAUGUUCGCAGAGAUAAUAAAACUUGGAGAACUCCAGGUCUUGAUUUAAAACUAAACUUUUAAAAUUUCAUAAGAUUCACUCAUCUUUUUUUCAGGCAAGGAGAAUGGAUGCUCAACGACCGGCUAUCCAACCAAAUGUCGCGAAGAAAGACUCACGGAGUCUGAAAACGUAAGAACUGGAAACAAUAUUAGUAUAAUUAUAACAAUCUGAUUCAGGUUUUGAGCUUCUGGGAUUUUGAGGAAACUUUUGCAAAGAAAGGUUUCUGAGGGACGUACCGAAGUUCACGAAGAAAGACCCACGGAGUCUGAAAACGUAAGAACUGGAAACAAUGUUAGUAUAAUUAUAACAAUCUGCUUCAGGUUUUGAGCUUCUGGGAUUUUGAGGAAACUUUUGCAAAGAAAGGUUUCUGAGGGACGUACCGAAGUUCACGAAGAAAGACCCACGGAGUCUGAAAACGUAAGAACUGGAAACAAUGUUAGUAUAAUUAUAACAAUCUGGUUCAGGUUUUGAGCUUGUGGGAUUUUGAGGAAACUUUUGCAAAGAAAGGUUUCUGAGGGACGUACCGAAGUUCACGAAGAAAGACCCACGGAGUCUGAAAACGUAAGAACUGGAAACAAUGUUAGUAUAAUUAUAACAAUCUGCUUCAGGUUUUGAGCUUUCUGGGAUUUUGAGGAAACUUUUUGCAAAGAAAGGUUUCUGAGGGACGUACCGAAGUUCACGAAGAAAGACCCACGGAGUCUGAAAACGUAAGAACUGGAAACAAUGUUAGUAUAAUUAUAACAAUCUGCUUCAGGUUUUUGAGCUUCUGGGAUUUUUGAGGAAACUUUUUGCAAAGAAAGGGUUUCUGAGGGACGUACCGAAGUUCACGAAGAAAGACCCACGGAGUCUGAAAACGUAAGAACUGGAAACAAUGUUAGUAUAAUUAUUAUAAUCUGGUUCAGGUUUUGAGCUUGUGGGAUUUUGAGGAAACUUUUGCAAAGAAAGGUUUCUGAGGGACGUACCGAAGUUCACGAAGAAAGACCCACGGAGUCUGAAAACGUAAGAACUGGAAACAAUGUUAGUAUAAUUAUAACAAUCUGCUUCAGGUUUUGAGCUUCUGGGAUUUUGAGGAAACUUUUGCAAAGAAAGGUUUCUGAGGGACGUACCGAAGUUCACGAAGAAAGACCCACGGAGUCUGAAAACGUAAGAACUGGAAACAAUGUUAGUAUAAUUAUAACAAUCUGCUUCAGGUUUUGAGCUUCUGGGAUUUUGAGGAAACUUUUGCAAGAAGGAACCCUAAAGGGAGCAUUGAAAACCCAAUUCCUUAGUAAGUUUUCGAAUGAUUUUCUCAGUUAUAGGAUAAUUUUCAGGUUGAUCGGAAAAUUCUUUGGAUUCAAAUAUGGAAAGAUGUCCGAAUGGGUCAUAAGAGGAUUCUGGUUGGUUGCUUUGUCAACCACAGAGCACCUAGAAAGUGGUGAGUUUUUUUUAUUUCUUAAAUUUUGAUAUCUUUAAUUCAAACUUCAGAUUGAGCACUCCACCGCCACAGUUCCGCGCAGAAACGUCAAUUUGAAAAAGUAAAAAUUGAAAGGAAAUUAUGAAAGUUUUUUUAUCUUGCUUGAGAGAAUAAAUUUAAGAUGUCAAAAAGCUGGUUUUUGUUUUUUUUUUUUUCAUUUCUGGCCUUUCAUCAAGUUUUUUUGAAUUUUGAACUAUCAUCAUCUUUCACCUUCUACAAUUAAAAAAAUUAAAUUUUUUUCUUUGUUGUUCUCUCGAGCUUGAUCCAUUUUUUUCACAAGACGAUUUACAAUUGAAUUUGUCGAAUAAAACUUUUCAUUUUUUCCUGGUUGUGGUUUAUUCCGUAAUAUGUUUAACCUUCAUGGAAUAUUUCAAAUAAUAUCAAAUAUGAUUUUUGACCACUGUAAAAGUCUUCAUCUUAAACAUACUUGCCGGAAACUAGCGAGAAGAACGAAUUUUUUUGAACUUUUCAACUUUUUUCAGAGGUUCUUCGAGAUGUGAAAAGGGCUGUCGAAUCUACUGACUUGACACUUGCGUCAAGAUUUUGCGAAAGAAAAUAGGUUUUUUUCACUUUGUAAUAUCUAAAGUAAUACUUCCAUUAAUUUGACUUCAUUACGAGAUGAAACAUAGAAAUUUUCAGUUUACUGUUAUUUCCUAAUUCUUAUCGACAAUUACGCGUUUUCAUUCAAUUUUGGUGCAAUUUUUACAAUUUAAUAUUACUUGUUUUUUAGCUUCAAGUAUUUUUAUGUCCUUAGAUUUUGACCUAUCUGUAUGACACGGUUGAAGACUAGCGUUUUAGGGAGUUUUCCAGCGAUUUCGCUACGAAACCUUGAUGUGAAGCGGGAUAUGAAGGCGAAUCCGCAUCCCGUCGAAAAGAUGCACCAAGGAAAGAGAUGCUGACCUGGUGAGUUUUUCUUUGAAUCACUUAGUUCUGGCGUCAUCAUAUGAUCACGAGAAGAAAGAGUUCUUGAAUUUGUCUGUUUUCAGUAGAACAGGAGAAAAAGGCCAGAGAAUGGAUGCGAAGCGAUUAUUUUCUGAAGAACUGCUUCAAGGACACUGUUAGCUGCUCCAUCCUGGAAUCGUGAGUCCUUUGAACUUUGCUCAAUCUUUAUCGAUGACUUGCUUGAGAUAUGAUAAAGGCUUCGAAACAAUUCAGCAAGGCCUAUUAUGACUGUCAGGAGAAAAAUUGCUCAGGCGCCUGUGUGUGGUAAAUUGCGGGAGGCGAGACAUGUACCGUUUUCUCUUAGAAAACAUGUUAAAUGGAGAGAGAGCAGACACGCGCUCCCUCGCUUUAUUAGGCAUAAAACGGAGAAUUAAGGCGCAUGCAUCCGUUUAUGACAGACACGACACGCAGUCCCUUGCUCUAUUCAGCAUAAAAUGGCUGACCAACGCGCUGCUCCUUAGACCACGCGCUAGUCUUGCUUUUCACCCUGCUCUCUAGGCUCAUGCAUGCGCGCUGACUUUUUCCGGCUUGCCAGCCGUUUUUUCUGUUGAAUAGCAAGGAAAAUACGCGUCUGGCUUUUCCGUUCAAGAGGCUCUCUAAACGGACGAAUGUUAGUAUAGCUGAUUCACAGUCAACUUGGGACGCUAAGAGGGCGUGGCCUGUCUGCGCUCUCCACGAGCUAGUCACUAUCUCGGGCAUUAUCGUGUCAGGACCCUUUUUUUGAUGGCUUAAGCCAGCCGUACAUUUUUUGACGUGUGCAGUGGUCUGCCAUUUUCUGUUGAACACAAAUGUCUGCGUUGUUUUUAGCGAUGUGUGUGCAGACGCCACGUUUUUCUGAUGUUUUUUUUUAAUACUCAUAUCAAAGUGUAUCAGAAACGAUGAUUUACAAGGGAAGUGCAAAAAGACAAAGUUUGAGAAUUUGAUGAAACUUUGCUGAGAUGUAAUUCCAGGUCCCCUGAAACAAGAACAAGAAAAAAAAUUUCACGCCUUUUACCUUUCAGCGGAGUUUUGGCCCCUCAACCGGCGGCGUGGUUAGCGUUUUUUCAAUGUGGAAGUUAUGGUCAGGGUUCAAAUCUUUUUUGAAGAACUUUAUUCUGCAAUUUUUUAACAAAGGUUUGUUGAUGAAUUCGGGGAGAUAGAAAGGAGUGGAUAGUUGGAACUGUCCUUUUUUGUCGUUUUUAGUAACUGUGUCUUUUUGCACUUCCCUUGUUAGACGCAAAUUACUCAAAUAGGGAUAACCUAAAAAAAAACGGUGAGAAGUAUAUGAAAAGUUUUUAAUAUAUAUCACGAAUGCGGGUUUCCACAAGCGACGGAGCAUUGCAGUUUGUAAUUAUUUGUAAAAGGCGCGGCCGUCCUAUGUUUCUAUCGAAAUUGUAUCUUUUGAAGUUUACCGAUUUUCAGAAUCCGAGAUGAAAAGCGAGAGAAUGGAUGCUAAAAGACAGGGAGGGAGGGGAAAUCCCCUGCCGCGUAAUGUGGCAAAGAUCUGCAAAAGCUGAGUGAAAGAGGUUUUUGAAAAAAAGAACGGAACUUUAAAGAUAAUUUAUUUCAGAUUCGAGAAAAGACGGUAUAAUUUCUUGGGUGAAGCUCUCCAAAUUUCCGGCGAGACACUACGACUCUCGUGAGUUUUUUACAUCGCAACGUAUCUGCAGACGCCAAAUUUGGCGACCAUAUUCUGAUGCUAUUUUUUUUUCCUGUCCAAAUAUCAGCAAAAUAUCUAGAAACAUCAGGAACAAGAUAUCAAAUGUUAUAUAUUCACACUAAGAUGAAAAUUUUUCAAUUUUUUUUUAACAACCUCAAUGAUUUUACAAAAGUUCAAACGGUGAAAAAAAAAGAAGAAUCUGAGUGAGCGAGGUUUUUCGAAAAAAAAAAGUAAUUUUGAAGAUAAUCUGGUUCAGCUCCGAGAAAAGACGAUCUAAUUGUGUCGUUAGAGCUCUCCAAAACCUCCGGCGAGACGUUUUGAAGAGAGAAGGUUUUCUCUUUUUUUAAUAAUAUCCUAACCAUUUCAUUUUCCAGCGUUCUCUGAUCAGCACCAUUAUUUUUGAAUGAAGAUCAUGGAGAGCUGAAGAGUUGCGGGCUCCGUGCGCCCCGAAAGGAGGUUCGGGCUGAAUAGUCUACAAGGGGCUGCAGACAUCCCAAACGAGUACACGCUCUCUGAUUGAAUCAGAGGAAAAAAGGUUUUUACUUUACUAUAAUACCCGAAUUAUUUCAUUUUUUUAGCGAUAAGCUUCCCUGACUUCCGAAUGAAAAAUAAUGGAGAAGGCCCGGUGAACUAUGAGCCCCGAUUUACAAGGGGCCCUGAUAACUCCGGGAAAAGUGAAUAAUUGGUGAAUUUUCCUAAAGCGUUCAAGUUUCAAAAUAAAGUUUCUUCUUUCAGAUUGAAGAGGAAAUUGUCGGAUCAAGCAAUCGACAUCGGGCGACAGAAGGGAAACGUCGUCGGAAAAAGAACUCCAAUGAAAGGAAUAUUUUUUUAUUGUGAGUUUUUUUGAGUUCCAAUCGAAGUUCAUUAUUUUUUUUGUUUACUAACAUAAAGAACAUACUCAGUCAACGCGAAACAGAAAUGAAAUUUUAAAAAGAUUUUUGGAAAAAAAUGAACUAAUACCCAAUUUCUCACAAAAUUUCAUUGAAACCUUUAAUUGAAAACAUUGAGAAAAUGACUGAAAUUUUAUAUUCAAUUUGCUAAUAUUUUCUAUGAGUGAAGACCGCUGUGGUUCAUUUGAAUUAUCACAACAGUUUUCGGAUAUUUAUUCAUUAUUAUUCUGAGCAAUUUUUCCUGUUCCUUCUUUGCACGAUAUGAUUUUCAAUGAAAUUUGUUGAAUAAAAUUUUUUAUUUUUUUUUUUUGUUUGUGGUUUAUUCCGUAAUUUGUGUAUCCUUCAUGGAAUAUUUCGAAAAAUAUCAAAUAUGAUUUCUGGCUACUGGGAAAGUCUUUAUCUCUCAAACACACUUCUUGGAAACUAGCAAAACUCUCCGUGCCAGCGAAAUUACAAAAACUCAUACUAUUUUUGAGCGAAUUUUUCCAAUUUUUAUCGUUUUCUUUUGGCAAUCGCGAAAAAGGUAAUGUCGUUUUGCAAGUCUUCCAGUUUUAUUAUAGAAACUUCUUUCAGCCCAUCAGCCGGGAAAACCACUGUAUCGCAGUCGAGCCGCUGGGCGAGGCUUCCAAGAUUCGAAGCAGUCGCAACCCCGGUCACUUCUGCUCAGAGGUUUUUUUUCAAUUUCACGGACACCUCCUUCCUUUUAUGGAGCUUUUUAGCUUUGAUUUUCAUUACAAUGAUCAAAAUCUAAAAAUAAAAAGAGUUCGAAGCCUUUUUUUAGCACCGAAAUCAUUACAGUAGAGGGAAACGUGUCUUGAAACGUGCUGAACUUCUUUUAUGCCGUGUUCAGUUUGAUUCCGCGAAAUGCAAAAUGAUCUUUGACUCUCCAAAAUUUUGUGAUUUUUUCCUUUCUCUAACGGGUAUUUUGCAUUUUGCGGAAUCAAAUUGAACACGGCAUCAGUGAAACUGUUUCGGGAAAAUUACCGCUUCGACGCUAAAUUCAGAUCAAAAAUAAAAACUUGAAAUUUGUACGCAAAGAACAAUAAGUUUGGUGAAUUGGAGGAUACCAAGCUAAACUUGUGAAUUUUCAUAAAUUUCACUCAUCUUCUUCUUUUUAGGCAAAGCCAGAGAGUGGAUGCUCAAUGACCGGCUAUUCCACCAAAUGUCGCGGAGAAAGACCCACGGAGUCAGAAAACGUAAGAACUGGGAACAAUAUUCGUAUAAUUAUUACAAUCUGCUUCAGGUUUUGAGCUUCUGGGAUUUUGAAGAAACUUUUGCAAGAAAAUGCCCCUGAGGGGAUAACACGACCUUCGGUACGUUUCAAAAUAAUUUUCUCAGUCUCAUUGCAACUUUUAGGUUGCGCGGGAUUCUCGUGAAUCGAAUAUGAAAAGAGGUCGAAAUCGGCCAUGAGGGACCCCGAUUGGUUGCUUUGGAGUCUCAGGCGAGACCCUUCGCCUCUUGUGAGUUUUUUUUUUUCAUUUUCUACAGUUUUAUCUUAACUCAUUCAAAGUGUGAUCAAAUUUUGCGUAGUGAUGUUCCGGAAAUGGAGUACUUAGAAUGCUCUUUUUGAGGCCUUUUCUUCAGCAAAAUCUCGUUUCCAUCUUUCAUGAUAUGGGCAUUUUUUGAUAUCCAUUCCAUAAUUUUUUAAAAGACGUUUUUGAGGUCAUGGUCGAUUCCAUUUUUAAAUAGUAAACUUUUUCAGUAAACGAGAGAGAGAUCGCUGUAUCAAAGCUGCGCCGUUGAAUGAGGCCCAGAUCCGACGCGGCUUGAGCACUGGCUCCAAACACUGGUCCGUCACGCAGAUUUUAAUGACGGUACGUUCGACGUAGUGAGUUUCCGAAAGUAGGAAAUUCUGACUCGGAGAUUUUUUUAAAUUUACUGACACUUGCUUUCUUUUUUUGAAGUGUUUUUAAUUUAUAUUUUUUUGAUAAUAACUUUUUUUGACAUCUCGGCUACUCCAAAUGCAAACUUAGAAAUUUUUAUUUUUUUAUUGUUUCUCUGGCUUUUGGAGAAACCAAUUCAAACAGUUUUCGAUCUCUGUGUUUUCUUGAAUUAUUACAUUAUGUUGAAACAGAUGUUCUUCUUUUUCAGUUGCCGGACCCCGUCUUCGAUGAGCGAAACGGACGGCUCGUCACGACGUUCCCCGGCUGGCAGCAUUCACAAUAUGAUGGACUCGAUGACGACAAACUCAUCACUCCCAGCAAACGCAACGGGAAACGUCCGCUGACAGCUCAGUCGCAGUCCUCCGCACCGACGACGCCAAAUGGAGCCAUGCUCAACGGACACGCCGCCACGACGCCCUCGACGCCUCUCUCGCCGAAUCCUUCGUUGAAUGGCUUGAAGCAAAAGCACAACAUCCAGAGAAGGGCAAAUCUUCUCGUCAAAGAGGAGCCAUUCAGGAAUGUCAAUGACCAUCAUAAGCAUCCGAACGGAUACAUCAAAAAAGAGGAGGUUGGUAUUGAAAUGGCUCCAUUCCAAUCAUUUAUACUCACUUUGCAGGACUCGUGAAGCCUUCGACGAGCGCUGCUUCGUCGUUGUUCUAAGCAGACACGACGACCUCGCCGAACGUGGCGAUCACGACUAAAAUCGAAUCUCUUGUUCAGAGAUCUCCAAUAUCCGACUCUCGUGAGUAUUUUUUUUUUAUUAUCUCAACUUAUUCAAAGUGUGACUAAUGUUGUUGAAGUUCUGUUUCCAAAAAAAAUUCUGAUUUUCAAUAAAAGUGGGGAGAAAUUCGCAACUAAUCUUUUCUUCCAACUUCAUCCAUUUCUGAGAAGUUUUUUUUCGAAAGCAAGAGCGCGGUUUCGAAUAUUUGAAGCCUUUUCGAAUAUUUUCAUGUACUUGAAUUCUGACUACUCUGUUAUAAGAUGUACAAAACGUCCUUUUUUGGUUAUUUGGGAAUGAUUUCGAUCUUAUUACGAGCAAAAAACUCACGUUUAUCCUUGGUAAAUUAGGCACUAUACGCGCAAAUUAGGGCUCAAUUUGCAACAAAUUCUUCAUUUUUAGCGAUAAAUACGUUUUUUGCCGUUUUGCAGUCUCUAUGUUUUCUAUUAGUAGGCUGUUGAUCUGAUAGUAUUAUAAAGAUGUCCGUGUAGCUUCGAGAUGUUCCUCAUUUUAUUUCAUUUAAGACGAAGCUAAUGAAUUUUUUCAGUGAACGGAAGGGGAAAUCGCUGUAUCAAAGCGGGGCCGCCGGACGAGGCCAAGAUUCGGCCGGUUGGAAAAUCUUCAUCACGCGGAUGACACGAUUGGUAAGAUUUCGAAAGCAGGAAAUUAUGACUUGGAAAUUUUCAAACUUAUUGACACCUCCUUCUUUUUAUGAAGUCUUUUUUUACUUUGAAUUUCAUUUAAACGACCAAAAUCUAAAAAAAUAAGAUGAGUUCGAAGCCUUUUUUUCAAGCAUCGAAAUAAUUAGAGGGAAGUUUUUUUGCUGAACUUUUUUUAGUGAAUACUUUAUUCCCAGCAAAAUUACGUUUUGAACCUGAAUUUAGAUGAAAAAAAAAGGUUGAAAGUUGUACGCGAGAAGAUCAAUUUCGGAUUACUUGAGGCUCUGAUUCCAAGCUGAACUUGGUAAAUUUCGAAAAAUUCACUUCAUUUCUACUUUUUAGGCAAGAGCAGAGAAUGGAUGUUAAAUGACAGAAAGGAUCACGUAAUUUUCCGAAGAAAGGUCUAGGCGCCUGAUAAAUCAAGGUUUUCAAAAAAACAAAUUGAACAGUGAUUAUAAUCUGGUUUAGCUCCGACAAAAGACAAUCUGAUCUUGUCGAUAGAUAGAGCUCCCCAAAACCGUCGCUUCAAAAAAAGACGGUUUUCUCUUUUUUUAUAAUAUCCUAAUCAUUCGAUUUUUCAGCAUUCUCUGAUGAGCUCCCCUGAUUUCCGAAUGAAGAUCAAGAAGACCUGGAAAGCUUCGGGCUCCGAGCACCCCGAAAGGAGCUCCGAGCUGAAACACCAUGUUGGGACUGUCCGACAUCCCGAACGAGUUUACGCUCUCUGA